GUCUGACAUGGUCCUCCUCUUUUCGCCAUUCCGUACCCUCUCUUACUCUUCCUUCUCGCCUCCAUGUCGUCGACAUACGUUCAUUACUCGACGCCUUCAUCGCUGCCCUCAGACUAUGCGAUCCUCUCUCGCUAUGCUGCUUCACGGGCUCCCGCAGAGGAGGAGGAGAACACAGGAGCAGUAAACGGCGAGGAGGACAUAGAAGACAAUGACCAUCUUGGAGUUCCUAUCAACUCACACGUCGCACAGCGGAGGACGAGUUUUCCGUCAAUGUAUAUCAAGCCACCCAAUCCUCCUGCACCUGCCAUACCGGACGAAGAUGGCACAAAGUCGACUGCACCGACAGAAUAUACCCCUCUCCUCAUCCCUCGCAUCCAGGAAGAGGAAGACGAAGAAGUUACCGGCUCAGAUACAGGAAGCAAGCUUCAUGUCUUCUGGGAAGAGCUUCGUAUCUUGUUAAAAUACUCGUUUCCGGUCUACGGGACUCAUUUACUUGAGUACUCUCUCGUCAUAGCCUCCGUUGUGUCCAUAGGACAUCUGUCUACAACUGCACUGGCGGCAGCCACCCUCGGGAGUAUGACUGCCAGUGUCUCGGGCUUUAGUAUCAUCCAGGGCUUCGCCAGCACCUUGGACACUAUGCUUCCUAGUGCUUGGACGUCUUCGCAUCCUGAACUCGUAGGCCUAUGGUCUCAGCGAAUGGCUGUUGUCAUGGCCGUAACUCUUGUGCCUAUCUAUGUCGUAUGGUUCAACUCGGAGUCGAUAUUGCUGUUGCUUGGACAGGAGGCCGAGGUGGCCCACCUGGCAUCUGUGUAUCUCAAGUGGGUCUCGAUCGGUUUGCCUGCGUAUACUUUCAAUUCCAUAUCCCGUCGUUAUUUCCAGUCCCAAGGUUUAUUCGCCGCGCCGACUCGGGUGAUAUCUGCUGUGGCGCCCAUCAAUGCUGUCCUCAAUUGGCUGCUUGUGUGGGGACCCAAACCCAUUCGUUUGGGCUUCAUCGGCGCUCCUAUCGCUACUGCUAUCUCAUUCAACCUUGUUUCUCUGGCCUCGAUUAUCUACGGCGUCUUCUAUAUCCCAACGACGGCAUGGCAUCCUUUGAAUAGGAGGUGUUUCACCAACUUGGGGGUGCUCGUUCAACUGGGUCUCGCCGGUGUUGGCCAAACUGCUUCCGAGUGGUGGUCCUGGGAGCUAAUCGGAUUGGCCGCUAGUCUGCUUGGUCCAGUAUCGCUUGCAACGCAGUCUGUCCUUUUAGUCUCUGCGUCCACGUCCUUCCAAGCGCCUUUCUCUUUGAGUGUUGCGACUUCUGUUCGCAUUGGAAACCUUCUCGGCGAGCGAAAUGCCGGCCGAGCUGCUGUAGCAACUAGAGUUUCUCUACUGUUGGCACUUAUUCUUGCGGGAAUAUUCAGCACACUAUUCCUCGUCUUCCGCCAUAGCUGGGGCUAUCUUUUCAAUGAUGAUCCUGAGGUCAUCACGUUGGUGGCGUCUAUCCUGCCUCUUGUGGCUCUGUUCCAAGUCUUUGAUGGUCUCAGCGCGGUGACUGCCGGAAUCUUGAGGGCCAGAGGGAAACAGUUCACUGGCGCCUUAUUGAAUCUCAGUGCCUACUACGUCAUCGGCAUCCCCUUUGGAAUCUGGCUCACAUUCAAACGCGACAUGGAGCUUCAAGGCCUCUGGAUAGGCCUCACGGUCUCACUCGUCUACUGCGCCUUCUUCGGCGUGUGGCUGUGUCUCGUCACGGACUGGGAGAGGGAGGUUCAGAAAGUCAUGGAUAGGCUGGCGGAGGACAAACAUCGUGGGCCAGAGGAUGCGGAGCGCAAUCCAACCAUCGUGGCUGUGGCGCAUUGAGUGCCGAUUUGGACGAUUUGAGUGAUCUUCAUGAGAUAUUUGGACAUUUUACGCUAUGUCAUGCUUGCUAUAUCUUGUUUAUAUCUAUCUUUUUCUUGCAUUGUUACGAGCUGUCACGAACCUCACACGUUUAUAAAAUUGACAAAUGCUUCAGCCAGGGCUUCAUGCCCUUUGACGAUCA